AUGGCGAAGAAAGGCGUCCUCAAGUCGGCGCUCGACAACUACCAAGGCCGCGACAUCAAGCGCGAGAAGCAGAAGAAGUACGUCAAACAGGCGCUGAAGCGCAAGGAAAAGCGCGAGGCCAGGAAGGCCGCGGAGGAGGGCGAGAAGGAUACUGAGGAAGGUGGCGUGCCUGUGCCGCUGGAUGAGGUAGAGGUGAAGGUCAAUGGCAAGACAAAGAAGUCGAAGAAGGACAAGAAGGCCGACGCAAAGGCUGCGCCAGCAGUCAAGGAGCCCGAGUGGGAGACCGAGGGCGAGGAUGACGACGACGACGACGCAAGUGACGAUGAAGACGCGCCCAAUGGACUUCAAGUAGACCUUGAUCACCUCAACGACACCGAUAGCGACAUCAGCUCAGACGAGGAGGAGAUACAGGCUGAUGAGGCUGCAGAGGAGGAUGAAGACGCCGAAGAUGACGAGGAUGAGGAUGAGGACGAGGAUGACAUUGCGCUAUCCGAUCUGGACUCUGUCGCUUCAGAGGACAAGGGUGACAUUAUCCCGCACCAGCGCCUUACCAUCAACAACACCGCCGCUCUCACCGCAGCGUUGAAUCGCAUCCAACUUCCUUACUCGAAACUCGCAUUCUCGGAAUACCAGUCCGUUACCACCGACGAACCUGUCGAGAUCGCCGACGUCGAGGACGACCUCAACCGUGAGCUCGCCUUCUACAAGCAAUGCCUGUCCUCGGUCAAGGACGCGCGGAAGAAGCUGAAGAAGGAGGGCGUGUCGUUCUCUCGACCGGCCGACUACUUUGCGGAGAUGGUCAAGAGCGACGAGCACAUGGGCAAGAUCAAACAGAAGCUGAUUGAUGCCGCGGCAGGCAAGAAGGCCGCUGCUGAGGCACGCAAGCAGAGAGAUUUGAAGAAGUUCGGAAAGCAGGUUCAGGUCGCGAAGCUGCAGGAGCGCGCCAAGGAGAAGAAGGACACCAUCGAGAAGAUCCAGACUCUCAAGAGGAAGCGACAAGGAGCCGACAUCACAGCCACCCACGAGGAAGACCUCUUCGACGUCGCCGCCACCGCCGAUGACGACAAGUCCGACCGCCGCGGUCGUGGUGGUGCUGGCGGCAAGGACUUCAACAAGCGCCAGAAGAAGGACUCGAAGUACGGCUUCGGUGGUAAGAAGCGUCACGCGAAGAGUAACACCGCCGAAUCCAGCGCAGACGGGAGCGGCUUCUCGGCUCGCAGGAUGAAGGGCAAGCCCAGCGGCGGUGCAAGCAAACGACCUGGCAAGGAUAAGAGGGCGAAGAGACACUAG